AUGGCUACGCGUAUCAACGCCCCUAAAAAGGUCCGCCUGGCCUGUCGACGCCGUCGGGUCCGUCGCAUCAAGGUCGAUCCUUCGUCUGACCCAACGGCCCCUGCGCAGGAUGAGAGAAUCCCCGAGGUUGCUGACAUCUCAAUAUCAUCAGUUCCACCAGUCUCCACGAUCUCACGCAAGCGGUCAGCAGAGGCAUCAGGGCACUCUGAUCAAGACGAAUCCUUUCCAGAGCGCGCCCAUUCUGUCGCCGUUAAUCUUGGCAUGCUUUCUCUUAAUAUCGAUUCCCCUCAAAAACACUACCUUGGCUCAAGCUCAGGGCUUCUCUUCACAAACCUCAUUGGAGCAUCGCCACCGAGUGUAGAGUCCACGCCUCAAGGCCCUCAAGGGGACAAGGCUGCUGGAGAGCUCGAAUGGAGUGAUGAUGUCGUUGCUCAAGAUCAGAACAGGAAGUAUUACCAAGAGCUGUACAGUCUUCUCAAACAAGAGCUACCCUCAAGACACAAUGCUCUCGUAUUGAUACACACAUACAUCCGUUGGAUCCAUCCCGACUUCCCCUUCCUAGAACCAAUUUCUCUCUUCAGUGCCGUCGAAGCCAUAUAUCCCUGCCUUGACGGCAUUUUGGAAUGCGAUAUCUCUUCUCACGGAUGGCCCGCUAACAUGCCGCCGUUUCGAUGGAACGGAAGAGUGAUAGUCCCGGGAGUUUCCAAUGAAGAAGGCGUUACCUUCUCGGCAGUCGCCUUUAUUCUCUUUAUGGUCUUCAAUAUCGGCGCUCUGGUCAAGGUACGAUCACGUAACUACGACUUUCCGCCACAGCGCUUUUACCGUGCUGCCCUCCACUUUUCAAAAGAAGCCUUCGCUCAUAUUACCUUGUCCUCUAUUCAAUCUUUAAUGAUGCUGGUGAUGCAUGGCAUGCUCACUCCUGCAGAGGUCAACUUGUGGACUUUGGUGCAUCUUGGACUGGCGUACUGUGUCGAGACUGGAAUACAUCGGGAGCAAGGACAGUCAAGCCGGGAAGGCUCUGCUAUACAACAAGGCCGGCCACUUGGUUUCAGAGACGAAACAUUCGACAUAAAAAUACCUGAGCCUCUUUCAGACCUUGACGAGAAUACGCAAGGACCCCUUCCGCCUUCGUUCAUAACUGCCGUAACACGUUACUCAUCGUAUCAUUUCAGACUGGACCGCAUCGUGUCCGAUAUUAAACUCCACCUGUAUCACCUUCCCGGUGAUUCUAGCUUCUUCCCAUGGCCAGACAAUCCUACAGAACAACAGGCCAGGAUCCAGCAUACUUUGGAAAUCUGGUGGGAGGAGGUCUCAAACGAUGUAUUUGAGUAUCCCAGUCUUGAUAACAGACAACGGGAAGUCUGGAAGAUAAAGCUCAGACUGAAGUACCAUACAACGAUGGUCUUACUUUUCCAACCAUCCCAAGUCGUUCGGCAACCAGCUUCAGAGGCGCUCCAGGCUUGCUUCGACAGCGCAGCCAGUAUUCUAGAUGGGUACCAACGACUUCACGACCUUCAUGGCCUCCACUUUGGAUGGAGGGCCGUGCAGAACAUCUUUGCAGCUGGCGCGACACUGAUCUACUCAUUCUGGACAUCACAGGCCGUUCGGGAGAAGGCGUCACCAGAGACAAUGUCAAAGAAUUUGCGAAGCUGCUCUACUCUUUUAACAAUUGGUGGCGAAUGGUGGCCGUCUGCAAGGAAUGGACAAGCCAGCUUUGGUUCAGUCGCAGAUUUGACCAUGAAGAGGCUCUACAUGGCGGACGCGUCCAACAAAGCUCCGCGACUAUCUCUACAGCAAACUGCGUCUUCCAGACCAAGAGAAGCAGGGGACGCUGAUGUCUCUGGAAGUCAACAUCAGCCUCAUUUCUCAAAUGAGACUGGCCAAUCGGUAGUGAUUGACACAGAUACAGCGUGGCAAAAUCUAGACUUGGAUGUCGGAGGCAACCCAGACCAAUUUGACUGGCCAUCAAUUGAAGGCGGCUUUGAUCCCGAAAUCGAGAUGUUCCUGGAGGACUUCAACAAAUCCGAUUUUACAUGGAGCUUUUCACUGAAUGACAAUCAAGAUCUGGGCCUCUUUGGAACUGAUCCAAACACUGGGUUCUAA